CCUUCAUUUCCAAGAAUGCUAAUGAACUCGAAUUCGGCAGGCUGGGUUUCUGCGCGGGCGUAGAGCUGGAGCGCAUGCGCUCGUCCGUUACCAUAACGACCAGAAGACGCUGCACCCACUGGGGAGGAGAGCAAAGUAAUCAGAACCUCCCAAGGAUGGAUAACAAAAUUUCGCCGGAGGCCCAAGUGGCGGAGCUGGAACUUGACGCCGUGAUCGGCUUCAAUGGUGAGGCCUCCAGCAUCUUUGGGCUGGCUGGUUUAGGAAUUCGGAGGACGUGUAGUGCAAACAGGAAUAGUGAGACACCGGGGACACCUGAAAGGCAGUGUGGGACAACAGCAGGCGCCCUGGCCAGGGACAUGCACAGGAGGACCCGCACAGCCUGACCUGCCCCAAGGCCUUGGAGAGUCACUUCCUCGAUCCAAGCCUCAGGGAGUGGGAUGGUUUUUACCAGCUCGGACAAGCGCCAGCACCUAAAAGGGACCAAAUGCCUCCUCCCCAGGCGGGCCGGAUGAGUACGGGUGGUUGUAACCCUUCUCCCACUAGGUCAGCCCUUCCUGGCUCUGAACCCCACGCCGCUCGCAAAGCCCUAGGCUCCUUCGACAUGUACCCACUGGUCUCAAAUGCCAUCCUGACCAGGAGCAUAUGAUUUAUCCUCUUGGUUGCACAGUCCUCAUUCAGGCAAUAAAUACUAAAGAGCAGAACUUCCUACAGGGUCAUGGCAACAACGUCUCCUGCUUGGCCAUCUCCAGGUCUGGAGAGUACAUCGCCUCCGGACAAGUCACAUUCAUGGGGUUCAAGGCAGACAUCAUUUUGUGGGAUUAUAAGAACAGAGAGCUGCUUGCUCGGCUGUCCCUUCACAAAGGCAAAAUUGAAGCUCUGGCCUUUUCUCCAAAUGAUUUGUACUUGGUAUCACUAGGAGGCCCAGAUGACGGAAGUGUGGUGGUGUGGAGCAUAGCCAAGAGAGAUGCCAUCUGUGGCAGCCCUGCAGCUGGCCUCAAUGUUGGCAAUGCCACCAAUGUGAUCUUCUCCAGGUGCCGGGAUGAGAUGUUUAUGACUGCUGGAAAUGGGACAAUUCGAGUAUGGGAACUGGAUCUUCCAAAUAGAAAAAUCUGGCCAACUGAGUGCCAAACAGGACAGUUGAAAAGAAUAGUCAUGAGUAUUGGAGUGGACAAUGAUGAUAGCUUUUUCUACCUUGGCACCACGACUGGAGAUAUUCUAAAAAUGAACCCCAGGACUAAACUGCUGACAGAUGUUGGGCCUGCGAAGGACAAAUUCAGUUUGGGAGUGUCAGCUAUCAGGUGCCUGAAGAUGGGGGGUUUGUUGGUGGGCUCUGGAGCCGGACUGCUGGUCUUCUGUAAAAGCCCUGGCUACAAACCCAUCAAGAAGAUUCAGUUACAAGGCGGCAUCACUUCUAUCACACUUCGAGGAGAAGGACACCAGUUUCUCGUAGGAACAGAAGAAUCGCACAUUUAUCGUGUCAGCUUCACGGAUUUCAAAGAGACGCUCAUAGCGACUUGUCACUUUGAUGCUGUCGAGGAUAUUGUCUUUCCAUUUGGCACUGCUGAGCUAUUUGCAACCUGUGCCAAGAAGGACAUCAGGGUGUGGCACACAUCAUCCAACAGGGAGCUGCUGCGGAUCACCGUGCCCAACAUGACCUGCCACGGCAUCGACUUCAUGAGGGACGGCAAAAGCAUCAUUUCAGCAUGGAACGACGGUAAAAUCCGAGCCUUCGCCCCAGAGACAGGCCGACUGAUGUAUGUCAUUAACAAUGCUCACAGGAUCGGCGUCACCGCCAUCGCCACCACCAGUGACUGUAAAAGGGUCAUCAGUGGCGGUGGGGAAGGGGAGGUGAGGGUAUGGCAGAUAGGCUGUCAGACCCAGAAGCUGGAGGAGGCCCUGAAGGAACACAAGUCAUCAGUGUCCUGCAUUAGGGUGAAGAGGAACAACGAGGAGUGUGUCACCGCCAGCACCGAUGGGACUUGUAUCAUUUGGGACCUUGUGCGUCUCAGGAGGAAUCAGAUGAUACUAGCCAACACCUUAUUCCAGUGUGUGUGCUAUCACCCUGAGGAGUUCCAGAUCAUCACCAGUGGAACAGACAGAAAGAUUGCUUACUGGGAAGUAUUUGAUGGGACAGUAAUCAGAGAAUUGGAAGGUUCCCUGUCUGGGUCGAUAAAUGGCAUGGAUAUCACACAGGAAGGGGUGCACUUUGUUACAGGUGGAAAUGACCAUCUGGUCAAAGUUUGGGAUUAUAAUGAGGGUGAAGUGACUCACGUUGGGGUGGGACACAGUGGCAACAUCACACGCAUCCGCAUAAGUCCAGGAAAUCAAUAUAUUGUUAGUGUAAGUGCCGAUGGAGCCAUUUUGCGAUGGAAGUACCCAUAUACCUCCUGAAGCUGAUGAGAUGUCUCUGAGCCUUGGCGUUGCACACAGUCCUGUUGAAGACUGAGUUUAGAUAACUCCAACACUAGUCUUCGUUUCUCACAGCUCUGUUUUUGUUCUUGAGUCAAUUUUUUUCUUUUUCUUUAUAGAAUGCAUUUUAUAUUCUUAAAUUUCAUAUUAAAAUUGAAGUAUGUUCAAGAAUAA